AUGCGACGGAUCGCGCACUUGAAUUCUGGUAAGCCCCACUUGCUCAUUAUAGGCCGUCCUUUGACGCUCUCCCCAGGCGCCUUUCAAAACUGGGAGCCGAAGAUUCACAAGCACUACGCCGACACACAGACGAAGCUUCUAGGUUGGAAGCCCCGCCUUCGCCGCUUCCUGAACUUCCCGAAGAGCGUAUGGUCCUGCUUAACCAUCAACUUCGGCCCGCAAACGCAGACCUUCGCCCACAGGGACUUCGGCAACCUUUCCUACGGGUUUUGCUCAAUCACAGCCCUAGGGCGCUUUGACCCAGAUCACGGCGGCCACAUCAUCCUGCGCGAGUUGAAGCUGGUGAUUAGGUUCCCACCCGGCGCGAGCAUCAUCAUACCAUCCGCGCUCCUCACCCACCACAACACCCGCAUAGCGGAGCACGAGACGCGGUACUCCGUCACCCAGUACACGGCAGGCGCUAUCUUUCGAUUUGUAGAGCACGACUGCAAGCUGGACACCGAGUACUACGCCGGCCUCGACGCUGCUGGGCUACAGGCCGCACGGAGCGCGAACCUAUCGCGGUGGAGGAGGGGCGUCGCGAUGCUAUCGCGGCUGCCCAAACUCAUGCGAGAUGCUGCGGCAGUGAAGGGAGAGAAGUCGUCGAACGCGGCCAGUUAG